UUCGUCUCCACUGAACGAUAGAAAUAAUUUACAGUAACAUUUCUUCAAAUUAGAGUCUUUUAAAAUGAAGCUACUUAUUCUUCCAUUUACUCUGGCUUUAUUCAACUUAUCAGCUGGCGAAUUCCGUUAUAGAGAUUCUCAUUCCUGGGCUAGACAUUGGCCUGCUUGUGGUGGUAGGCGACAAUCACCCAUUGAUAUCAGUCUGUCCAUAGCUGAUUAUAGUCAAAAGGAUAAUAAACUUAAAUUACAAAACUAUGAUGUAGUUCCAAAAACUAUGCGAAUGGUAAAUGAUGGUCAUGCAGUAAAAGUCAUCUAUGAAUGGAACGAUCAAGUGCCAACAGUUAGUGGUGGACUUCUCACAGGUUCCUAUCGUUUACAUUCACUAAUAUUUCAUUGGAAUAACAAAGGUACUGAGGGUUCUGAGCACACAUUCAAUAAAACCAGAGGUAUAAUGGAAUUGCAAUACCUACACUACAAUACUAAUUACAAAUCUUUAAAAGAAGCUAUGCAUCAUGACAAUGGACUCGUGAUGCUCGUAGACCUAUUUUUCGGAGAAUCGGUUGCUCAUAACUCUUAUCAAUCUCCAAUUUUGCAUCAAUUAUUUGAUCAGUUUGUUCGAGUUUCGCAUCCUGGUUCAUCAAUUAAUUACGAAAACCGAUUUGCUGUACUUGAUGUAGCACCACCCAAUGGUAAUGAUUUGGCAUGGAUUGCUUAUCCUGGAUCGUUAACAAUUCCUCCAUGUACUGAAAAUGUUAUGUGGAUUGUCAAUACGUAUCCUCAUUUAAUGGAUACUACACAGCUGCAACGAAUUCAAAAUACAGUUCGAUUUGCACACCACGAUGAUCAUAAUUUCCGGGAUAUUCAAGAAUUAAAUGGACGCAAACAAUAUGUGUUGUACACAGAACCAUUUCUUCCUGUAAAAAAAGACUACCUAAAGAAAAAACUACUCUUAGAUUUUGAUUACAAGAAUGUUGAUUCCUGGGUACAAAAAUAUCCAAUGUGUGGUGGUCAACGUCAAUCACCAGUACGUGUCGAGGAAGAUCAGGUUGAUUUGUCAGAUUCCGAUGAUAUGAUUUCUUUAGUUAACUACCAUAAUAAACCAUUAAGUGCUACAUUAGUAAACAGCGGUCAUUCCAUACAAGUGAUGUUCGUAUGGGAUGAAAAUAAAACACCUUUUAUGACUGGUGGAGUUUUAGGUGAAACUGAAUAUGUUUUGGAUUCAUUACAUUUCCAUUGGAGUCGUGUUAGUAAUGAAGGUGGGGAGCAUCUUAUUCUCGAUUAUCCUGCUGCAGUAGAGCUCCAUGUUGCCCAUUAUAAUCGUAAAUACGGUAGCAUGAAAAAUGGUUUAAAUUUCACUGAUGGGUUUGCAGUAAUUAAUACCCAAUUCGAUAUUGAUUCGAAACGGCGACGACGCGAUGUGGACUUCGAUUCUUUCAUGGCAUCAAUGGUACAGCCUUCGCCAGCACUAAGUCAAAUUAUAAAUAAUUUAGAAUCGAUUAGCACUCCAGGAUCAAGUGUUGAAAUUGAACCAUUUUCUAUGUAUGAAUUUCAACCUGUUCCAUUAGAAACAUUGACCUACAUAACAUACAUGGGAUCAUUGACUAUUCCUCCAUGUACCGAAAAUGUGUUGUGGUUAUUGAGUACAUAUCCUUAUUUCAUCACUGCAGAACAGUUGAAGACUCUCCAAUCAACAGUUGAAUUUGAUCAUGGAGAUGAUCACAAUAAUCGCGAUAUUCAACCUUCGAAUGAUCGCCAAUUUUCUAUUGCCAGGGCUAUCAAAUUUAAUUAUCAUGAUACUGAUGCCUGGGUACAAAUAAACUCACAAUGUGCCGGUUCUCGCCAAUCGCCUGUCAGCAUCAAUUGGAUGAAUUUUAUGGAUAAAAAAUCUGAUGAUCCAAUGUACAUGUUCAACUACGAUAAAAAACCAUUAAGUGCCAAAUUAUCGAACAAUGGUCAUUCAAUAAAAGUAGAUUUCGAAUGGGAUGAAAUUCCAUUCAUUGCUGGAGGAGUUUUGGAUGAAAAUGAAUAUGUCCUAGAUUCAAUGCACUUUCAUUGGAGUCGUAACAGUAGCAUGGGAAGUGAGCAUAUAGUUCUUGGAUAUAGUGGGCCAUUGGAGAUGCAUCUUGUUCAUUACAAUCGUAAUUACGGCAGUGUCAAAGAUUCUUUAAAUUUUCCGGAUGGGUUGGCAGUAGUCGGAGGAAUAUUUGAAACUGAUACACAACGUCAACGACGUGACAUUGAUGAUGAGAAUGAUAUUUCAGAAGUAUCACAGAAAUCAUCAGCUUUAGACCAAAUUAUGAGUCAUGUAGACUCAGUUAGCACUCCCGGGUCAAGUGUUGAUAUUGAGCCAUUUGCUAUCAAUGAAUUCCGACCUACUAAAAUACCGAAACCUGCGUACAUAUCGUACUUGGGAUCAUUGACUACACCUCCAUGUACUGAAAACGUGGUGUGGUUAUUAGAUUUCUACCCUUAUUACAUCAGUCAAGACCAGUUACAGAUUCUUCAAAUGACGGUUGAAUUAGAUCAUCAUGAUGAUCAUAACAAUCGCCCUGUUCAACCAAUGAAUGAUCGUACUUUUACUUUAUUGAUGGCUGCUGAUGGUACCUCAGCUUAACUAAAUUUUGUAAAUGUGUCGCAGAAUUAAUAUAUUAGGCAUUCUGUUUGAUAAUAAAAACUAUAAAAUUUUCUUCCAACUUA